UCGAACGCGUUAGUCGCGCCUGGAGACAAAGCGGAAGUCCUGCCGUUUCUUGCCACCGACUAGUCAGGCAAGGGCCGCGCGGUGUCAUGGCAGGCGACAGUGACGAUGGCGCAGCUCCGGCGAUCUCUGACAAUAGUGUCAGCAAAAGCACGAAACCUGGGGAAGAGCCGGUAGUCCAGGUUCCAGUGCUGGAUGUGCAAAGUGACAACUUUAAGGAGAUGUGGCCGUCCCUUCUGCUGGCCAUAAAGACAGCUAGCUUCGUGGCUGUAGACACGGAACUGAGUGGGCUUGGGGACAGGAAGAGUUUGCUGAACCAGUGCGUCGAAGAACGAUAUAAGGCCAUAUGUCAUGCUGCCAGGACCCGUUCUAUCCUCUCCCUGGGCCUCGCCUGCUUCAAGCAGCAGCCAGACAAGGGUGAACACUCAUACCUGACCCAGGUGUUCAAUCUGACCCUGCUGUGCGUGGAAGAGUAUGUCAUAGAACCAAAGUCUGUGCAGUUCCUGGUACAGCAUGGCUUCAACUUCAACAGGCAGUAUGCCCAGGGUAUCCCGUACCAUAAGGGCAACGACAAGGGCGAUGAGAGCCAGAGCCAGUCAGUGAGGACACUGUUCCUGGAGCUGAUCCGGGCCCGCCGGCCCCUGAUACUGCAUAAUGGUCUCAUAGACUUGGUGUUCCUGUACCAGAAUUUCUAUGCACAUCUGCCCGAGACCUUGGGAUCCUUCACCGCUGACCUGUGUGAAAUGUUCCCAGCUGGCAUUUAUGAUACCAAAUAUGCUGCCGAGUUUCAUGCCCGCUUUGUGGCCUCCUACCUAGAAUAUGCCUUCCGGAAAUGUGAGCGGGAAAAUGGAAAGCAGCGGGCAGCUGGCAGCCCACACCUUAUCCUGGAGUUCUGCAACUAUCCUUCUAGCAUGAAGGCCCAUGUAGACUACCGCUGCUGUAUGCCCCCUGCAGCCCACCGUCCUCAUACCACCAUCAUCUGUGAUAACUUCUCGGCCUACGGCUGGUGCCCCUUGGGGUCCCAGUGUCCUCGGUCCCAUGAUAUUGACCUUAUCAUUGACACGGAUGAAACUGCCACAAAGGAUAAGCGGCGACGGCGGCGACGUAAGGAAAAACGACGGAGGGCUUUGUUGGGUCUGUCUGGGAAACAGCCUGGGGAAGCCGAGGAUGGUCCUCCCACUAAGCAGGUCUGUGGGGAUGGCGUCCAGGCUGAGGAAACGGAGCUGGAGGUGGCUGAGGAUGAGGCUAGCAACCAGCCUGCCUCUGAGCAAGAUCACAAAAAUGACUUGGAGAUGGGACUUACAGCAACAAAGCCUGAAACAGCUGACACGGCUGCCUCAGAAGCACCAGAGAGUCAGGCCAGCCCUAACCCAGUGCCGGGAGGUGGACUGCAUCGGGCUGGUUUUGAUGCCUUUAUGACAGGCUAUGUGAUGGCUUACAUGGGAGUAAGCCAAGAACCUCAGCCCGGUAGCUCUGGACUCUGGCUCCCUGAAUGCCACAACAAGGUGUACCUGAGUGGCAAAUCUGUGCCCCUCACGGUGGCCAAGAGCCAGUUCUCCCGUUCCUCCAAAGCCCACAACCAGAAGAUGAAGUUGGCUUGGGGCAGCAGCUGACCUAACUUCUGCUGAGCACCCAGAGCCCAAGAAGAGAAGCUGAGGGUAGAGCAGAGGGUCCCUCGAGCCUACGAAUGUCCUCUUCCCAACGACUCCGGAGUUGGGGAGGAAGGCUCCUCACAGAGACACUGCUGCAUCGCUCUGGACUGCCUCUACCCCCGAGGCUGAGGAGCAAUGGUACAAGUAAGAAGGCUGACCAGCACCUGUAGUAACCAACUUUAUUUUUAAGUCUGGGAGUGUCUUGGGAAAGUUUUACCAAAAAAAUCAGCAGAAACACGUUAUGAAAAUGUAUGACCAGCUUUAUCUUUAGUUAUUUCUUAUUGCGGCUCUAUAAAGACUGUUCCCGUAACUCCAGCCAUAGCAGGGAAGGAAGAAAAUCAGUCCAUGUAUAAACCGUUUAACCAAUUGGGUGUAUUCCAUGUUGAAAAAUACAUGGAGCAGGCCCUAGGGCCUACAGAACCAGCCCCACUCCCAACCACGAGGUUAAAAGUCUUGUAAGGCAGAACAUUAAAACUCCCUUCAUAAAUAGGAAGGUAGGUUAAUGAACUGGAAAAGGUCUUUGAAUAGGUUAGCUAAAAGCCAUGACCACCGCGCUGCCUUGUCCUCUCCAUUGCAUAGAAAUGUAGUGACGUGGUCUGACUGUGCAGUAAGUGCAAACAGCAAUUAUUCAAGUGUCUUAGUCAUUCUGGCAAGAAGCACCCCAGUCUUCAGGUCUGAGAUAGCCAUGCCUUCUUCGUCCUCCUGGUCAGCUCCGGGUUCCAUCCAGUAGUUUGUAUGUCCCAGGGAAGGGUGACAGACAGACCUGGGGUGGAGGAAGAACCUGGGGUAAUAGCUGUCUGCCAGCUCCAACUAGAACUAGGAGUCUUCUGGUCUUGUCUGCAGAAAAAUGCCUUGGGGGUCAGCUGGGAGCCAGAGCUCCUUGCAGGAUUUCAGAGGCUUGGAAUCAGCUGUUGGCCCCAAAAAGGAAGGCUUCUCCCUGCUGCCUCCCCUCUCACAGUCACUGGGCACUUGGAGCACCAAAAUUGAGCCUGACUUGGCCUAGCCUGCCUGCUCUGUGGGCUUCAGGGAAGAGUCCAGACUGUGCACCGAGGGGGCCCUGUGGCUUCAGCUGAAGGUCCAUCCCCAAGGUGUGGCAAGGAUUAACCCCUCAACCACCCUGCUCUCCUCCGGGUUUUCAGGCCCAUGAUUGAGACAGAGAAGGGGACUGGAGCCAAGUCUCUUGGCCUUCCUUACACCUCCAUCUCCUCAGAGGCACCUGUAAGGCAGGGACUGGCCCCCUGUGGCCUGGGCCCAAAACCGUUCUCUUCCUGGGAGCUGGAGCAGUCCAUGGCUUCAGGGGCUGGAGCAGCUGGUAGGGCAGAUGCUCGGAAUGGCGGGAUCUCUCUUACUUUGUACUUGAGACUACUGAGACGUGGGGGCCCAUCAGACAGGGAUUCUUCUCGGCCUACAAAUGGACAGGCCUCUUGAUGCAAGAACUCUGGUGAACCAGGCAAAGAAUGCCACCGGCGAGCAGGUGGGACCAGGGGUUCCUGCCAGUCAGCCAUAGGCAAAGUUCCAGGCCCUGGUGCAUCCAGGUCAAAUACCAGGGAAA